CAACUUUUUAUAGUUUAUAUAAAGCUAGUGGAUUUCACUCAUUUCUUUCACAUUUUGCUCACUCUCACACAAACACACACUCUCACCAAUUGCGCUUUCAAACCACAACUAUUGCAACAUUUUAGUCUGGCCUUUCUUGCAAUGGAAGUGUUCAGCCUGCUCAAAUUCUGGCGAAAUGCUGCCGGCGAAUCAACCGUCGGCGACUUAGAUGUUCGGAAUCGAGCUCCGGAGAGCGACGACGAAACCGAAGAUUUCUUCGAUUUGGUCUUCACCGGAGCCGAUUGCGAGUUUACACUACAGCAACAAAACAAAAACAAAAAAGUCCACAAUGACAGCGACAAUUCAAAAUCAAAACAAACCGUUCAAAACAAACACAAAUCGCCAAAAUUACAAGCCGGCGAAGCCAAAUCAAGCUCAAUUCGAAAGAUAUUGCCGAUCGAAACACAUACGAAGCCUCAGUCUCCUAUCUCAUUGCUGAAAAGUCCGUACAGAUUUCGCGUUUUCAAGUUCGGUGUUAAGGAUAAAACAGAGUCAUCUCCGUCACGUACGGCGACGAGUAAGCGAUACACGACGGAGGAAGUUGAGGUUCCGAUGAAUACAUUUUUAACCAGAGACAACAGCUUGAGAAGCAAAAUGCGAUGCGAGAAUUUCGAGGAUUCGUCGCCGGCUUAUGAAUUAGUUAGAAAAGACUCUGCAGUGCAUAAGUAUAUGAAGUUGAUCAGGCCUUUUUAUGUAAAGGCCUCGAAGAUUAAGAUGUUUGAUGUAUCUCCGUCGGCAACGCCGUCAUCUACGGCAAGUGUGAGUUCACCGAGAAAGUUUGUUGGCGAGAAAAGCGGAGGUAGAGCGGUUGUGUUUCGCGGUUUGUUGAAAAACCGGUGGGCGUCGUCUACCGUCGGAGUUGUGCCGUCACCGUCGCCGGUGAGUAGACGAGAUGAUUCGAUAAUGCAACAACAAGAUGGAAUCCAAGGCGCGAUUCUUCAUUGUAAGAGAUCGUUUAGUUCGUCUUCGUGUUCAUCGACGAGAUCGCAAGAAUGUACUGUGCUAUCGAGAUCUGCUAGCGAUUCGUCACAUCAAAAAGCAAUUAAUCAGGCACGGGUAUCAGUUGAAGAAAAGAGAAGUAGCAUUUGAAGAUGAAGAAGGCUCUGUUUGUCUUGUGACAGAAGUUGAUAAUAUAACGAAAAUGUAGAGCUAAAAUACCAAAUAUAAUUUGAAGUAGCGAUCCUGUUUUUCAGUUCACCAAAACAUGUUUUAUAUGCUUAAUGUGUGUGAAGGGAUUUUGGUUUCGUGUGAUCAAGAA